AUGGACUGUCUGGAUCUCCUUGUUGCUGCCGGGUAUUUUCGUGCACGAAUCAAAGGACUUGCUACAUUUGACAAGAUUGUUGGUGGUAUGGUGUGGUGCUUGUCGCAUUGCAAUCAAAAGAUCGAUACUCAUCUCGUGUUCAAGGAAAAUCUAGAUAUAGGACAGAAAAUCAGCCUUACGGAGAAGGUGGUACGAGUUCUGACAGAUUUACAAUGCCCGCAUCCCAUCGAGCCACAUCAGAUUCAAGGACUCGAUCUGCAGAAUAUUUAUCCCGUUAUUCAGUGGCUCGUAAAGAUGGCUAUGGAUACGAAGGCUAGCCGUGCCGAUUAUAUCAAGUCGUAUAUUGACUAUCAGUACAAUAAGAGCUGUAGUAAGGUUCCUCAAGUCAGUCGUUGUUCGGAGAAUUACAAUGAUCUCCACAGAGCUAUUAUUCCACAAAGGAAGUUCAAACGUGGAAGAGAUUUGAAAAUCUCAUCGUUACUCGAGGACGCCUACUGUACCCUUGCAGAAUUCGGAAGAGGUGAUGUGAAACUGAAGAGUGGACUUGAAGGCGCAUCCACUGCUGAAUUUCAACCCGAUCAGUUGGAGGAACUUGGUGAGAAGAAACGUCUCAAAGUGUCCACGAAGACCGCCAAGAAAAUAUUCGAGGAAAUCGACGUUCAGACAGCAGCUGUAAGUCGCCUUUGA